AUGAAUUCAUCAUUAUCAUACAAUUCAAAUGAACAAGAACAAUCUGUAACAAAUCUUGUUAAAAUUCAUUCAUUAUCACAAUUACUUAAACGUGAUAAAGAACAAUUAUUAACUCAAUCUCGUUCUAUAGCAUAUUAUCAUCCAAAUAUUGAUCGAGAUAAAGCUGAACAAUUAUUACGAGCUAAAUAUACACGUUAUAGACGUGAUGGUUUGUUUUUAUUACGUGAUUGUACAACAUCACCACAUGAUUUUAGUUUAUCACUUGUUUGUGGUGAUAAAUGUUAUCAUUAUAAAAUUCAACUUAUUUAUGAUAUAUAUUUUUCCAUUGAUUCCGGUCCUCAAAUAGCUGGUAUAGAAAGUCUAAUAAGUUAUUAUCAACAACGUGCUGAUGGUCUUGCUUGCAUACUUUCAACUGAUUUUGUUCAAGGUCAACCUCCACCUAUUGCAGCUCGACGUUUAGGUUCAACUAAUACGUUACAUCGAGCAUGUAAACAAGGCAAUCUUGAUAUAGUGAAAAAAAUUCUUUCUCCAGAAACAUUAGUAAAUCGACCUGAUGUAAAUGGUAAAGAUGCAUUUGGUUCAACAGCACUACAUGAAGCGAGUUUUUUUGGUCAUGAUGAUAUUGUUCGUCUAUUAGUCAAAGCAGGAGCUCAUGUACUUGCACGUGAUACGGAUGGUGCUACAGCUUUACAUAAAGCAGCAGCGGGAAAUCGUCCAUCGACAUUGCUUUUUUUAAUAAGUGAAGGUCAUGGUGAUUUUGAAGAGCGUAAUUAUACAAAUCAUUGGGUACCUUUACAUGAAGCAGCAUUUCAUAAUUCUACUGCUUGUGUUCAAGUAUUACUUGAUUGCGGUGCUCCACAUCGACCACGUACAGAUCAAGGAAAAACUCCUCUUGAAUUAGCUGAAGAAAUUAAAUCAGAUGAAUCAAUAAGUUUACUUCGAGAUUAUAAAGUUCCACCAGCUCAAUCACGUCGUGUAGAUUGGCUACAUGAUCAACCAACAUUUGAUCGUCUUGCUGCUAAACAAUUAAUUGAAUCAGUUAAAAAUGGUCCACGUAAUGGAAUGUUUGUUGUUCGUCGUAGUUCAAAAAAUCCAAAAAAUUAUGCAUUAACACUUUAUAAUGAUAGUGAAUUUUUUAAUUAUGAAAUGAUUCGUCUUAAUGAUACAACUUAUUAUAUUGAUGAUGGUCCUUAUUUUGAUUCACUCGAUCAUUUAAUUGAUCAUUAUUGUCGAAUACCAGAUGGUUUACCAACAACAUUAAUGUGCUCAAUAAAUCGUUUUGGACAAGUAAUUAAUAGUCGCGUACAACCUUUUUCAUUAACUUCUACUAUGAAUAGAUCUAAAGAUAUUCCAGUAACGAUAAAAUCAAGUUUGAAUAGACAUACAAGUAGUGAAGAACCAACAACAAGUAAUCAUAAAAUCAAUCAUCCUUCUAGUCUUACUCGUCGUACAACAUUUUCAUCAUCAUUAAGUGGCUCAGUAACAUCACUUAAUUCAUCAUCAUCACGUUCUCGUGCAUCAUCAACACAGGAAGAUCCAUUAUCAACAUCAUCAUCUAGUGCGUCACUUUCUAGUAGUAGUCCAUCUCAACAUCAAACAAUAAUAUCACCAAAUGAUCAAAAUUCAGCAGGUAAUACAAAUUCAUUUGUUGAUCGACGUAAAACAUUUGGAGGAAAAAUUAAACCAUUUGUACCUGAUUUUAAUAAUGAUAAUGAACGACGUUCAAUGAAAGUAUCUAAUGGUAAAAUUUCUACGACAACAAUAAAACGUUCGUCAGUUCCAAGUGUAACAGCACAGAAAAGAAAAUCUUUACAAUUAACUCUUAUAUCACAAAAUCAAAUAAAACAAACUGCGAAAUUAGGUGAAGGUGAAUUUGGUGAAGUUUAUGAAGGUUUUUAUCGCGAAGAUUUAAAUAAUCCUGUUGGUACACCAGUUGCAAUUAAAAUUUUAAAAGAAUAUUCUUACUCUGCUAAACAAGAUUUUCUACGAGAAGCUGAACAUAUGGCAACAUUAAAUCAUCAUUGUAUAUGUACAUUAUAUGGUAUUGUUGAUUCUAAUGAUGAUAGUAUGAUGAUGGUUAUUGAAUUACUUUUGCUUGGUUCAAUGCUUGAUUAUUUAUGGAAACAUAAACAUUCUAUAGCUGAAAGUCGUUUAAAAUUAUGGGCAUCACAAAUUGUCGAUGGUAUGGCAUAUAUGGAACGUAAGGGAAUUGUUCAUCGAGAUUUAGCUGCAAGAAAUAUACUUAUGCAAUCAACCGAUCAAGUUAAAAUUAGUGAUUUUGGUCUAUCAAGACGUAUUGAUGCUGAUGUUUAUAUGCAGAAAUCUGAUAGUAAAAUUCCUGUUAAAUGGUAUGCACCAGAAGCAAUUAGUAUUGGUAAAUUUACUACAAAAUCUGAUGUAUGGUCGUUUGGCAUUACUCUAUGGGAAAUGUUUUCUUAUGCUGCAACACCUUAUGGUGAUAUGAGUGGUACUGAUGUAUAUUAUUAUUUACAACAUGGAAAACGUUUAGAACGACCGUCACGUUGUCCAUCAUCUAUCUAUCAAAUAAUGCUUAAAUGUUGGGAAUGGGAUGAAAAGAAACGGCCAACAUUCUCUCAACUUCUUCAGUUAUUAAAAACUGAUCGUGAUACAAAUAAAACAAUUCCAAUAACGACAACAUUGUCACGGAAAAAAUCUUUAAAAACAACUUUAAGUUCAUCAACAUUAACCGAUGAAAAUAGUCGUGAUAUUGAUAUUGAUGAUGAUGAAGAUAAUGAUGAUAAUGAACAGAAAAAUGAACAGUAUAAAACAAAUGGUAAUGGUCAUGUAUCAAAAACAAUAAUACAACUUCAACAAACAUUUAGCAAAGAACGAACAAAUUCUUAG